AUGACUCCUAACAUAAUUACUGCAGACUCAUUCAGCUCCAGAAUGACUGUGGCUCAAAGAAAAGAAGCGAACGAACUGAGAAAGACUCUCAAACCUCUCAUGGAGAAGAGAAGGCGUGCGCGCAUCAAUGACAGCCUCAACAAUUUAAAAGAUCUGAUUGUGCCUCUAGUUGGCAAAGAUACUUCCCGUUACUCAAAGCUGGAGAAAGCCGAUAUCUUGGAAAUGACCGUUAGGUUUCUUAGAGAACUUCCAUCUUCACCAGUUAAAGCUCAAGCAGAGAGUUACAGAGAGGGCUAUGAAGCGUGUCUCCUGCGGGUAUCCGCGCUCCUCCCGCGCACAAGCCUCGACCAUGAAACCUGCGCGCGCGUGAACGACUUCAUCCAGCAGUCGAAGUUCUCGAGCUCACCGGCUUGCCGAACCUGCAGCGCUCGCACCUCCAGCGCUCUCUCACCGGUGCAGAACGAGCGACUUCUUAGCCCGAAAGCCAACAAUUCCGUCCGUAGAACUGAAAACGUGAGCAUCACUGGACCAACUUCCAGUAGAGUUCAUGCUGCGCCACAAGCCACCACACAAACCAUGUGGAGACCGUGGUAG